AUGACACAAUGUGCUCCAAAACAACUGUCCGCCUGCCUUCCACAGAUCGUGCCUCGUCUUCUUACUGUGCUUCUUGAGUCUCAACCUCAGCUUCGCCAAGCAGGAGGCAAAGCACUCACGCAAAUUGGAGGUGUAAUUCGAAAUCCAGAAGUCCAAGGUAUGUGGAAUAUUGGCUUACAUAUAUUAUUUAUUCUUUUUUUAUUUCGGUUUUGA